UUUUCUUGAUCAUAAAAUGCGGAGAAGAUGAGUUAAAGUAUCUCGUAACGCUCACUGUGUUCUGAUUCCAGGCAAGAUACCUGAGGAUAUUAGACCUAUUGAAUAUAUUGAUUUCGCAAAGGGCUGUGGUUCGAAAAGGGUGCAUUGUCUUGGCCGCUGGCCCGUGGUUAACGCUGUGAACUCAUGGAGAUUUUCUCGGACGUGACGAUAUCGCCAAAUACACAUGGGUAAAGGUGACCAUUGCGCCGUGUUUGGAUGUCGAAAUGAUCGGAGGUAUCCAGAAAGGUGGGUUGUGAAACCCCAUAUACAUUGUAUGAAGUGGCAUAAGCCGAAUCAAAAGCACUUUAAAGUAUGGGAGCGAAUUAUCAACCGCAAAAGCUUUCAGGUGACAGAAAACACAAAGGUAUGCAGUAAUCAUUUUGUAUUUGGCAAACCCUUGGGUGACCAUUUGCACCCUGAGCUGUGGCUGAACGGAUAUGAUACAGAGGAAACUCAUAGUGAAGAAGUUUCAAGAAUUCUGGAGUCCUUGACUAACGUUGAUGUGCAGAGUGAUAUGUUCAUAAACCCUCACACUAUUAAAAGAGACACAACACAUACCCAGACAAGCAGUGGGAAAUUUAAAAUGCUCGAUGUUCUUCCUAAAGACAAUGCAGGAGUUCUACAGGCUGUACCUGAACAAAGUGCUGAAGUUUCAAGUGAAGACAAUACAAAGGAAACAAGUGAGUUGCUGACAUCAGUUUCAAAUGCCUUGGAAAAUGAUCACACAUACUGUAUGUACGAGCAAAGUGGAGAUUGUAAGGAAGACUUUGCUUGUCAAUCUAGAUUAUGCUUGAAGUGUAAAAAGGAACUUUUGUCUAUUCUUGAGGAAAAUGAAAGGCUUAAAAAUGAAAACAAACAGCUACAAAAAGCUCUUGCUGAAGCAAAUCAAGUCAUUGUUGAAAGAACCAAGAGAGACUAUGUGUUCUGUGUACAAAAUAAAACAUUCUGAUUCAGCCCUUAUGAGUUCAAGCACUGGACUAGCUAACUUUGGUAAUAAAUCAAAUGAAUUUAAAGCUCAAUAGUACUAAAAUCACUUACUGAUUUACUUUCAGUGUAAUUAUGCAAUUAGGCUGGGCAGGAACAGAAGGCAUCAGUUGUAAUUGUAUUUUCUUUGUAAUAAAUUAACUACGAUGUGUUGGGGUAGCAGAAACUGAUAUCUCAUGAUCAAACUGAGGGUAGGUGCAUUCAUCAGUUUGUAAAAAAAAAAAAAAGAUAGAAAAAGGUGUCUUAAAGGUGUUAGAUAGUAGAAAAUUGUUUAAUAAAAUUGAAUGACAAUCUGAUGUUAGAUUUCAGAGCAAAUAAAUAUUUAAUCCAUGGGAACUAGGGAACUAUCAAAUCAUUGUCACUGUAUUUGACUGACUUAUUGAAAGUAUCAAUUUAUAAUGCAGAGAAAAGCUGUGAGGGGAGGUUGGAGGCUGUUCAAGGUACUCAUAUGUGAAAUUGGAUAUUCAGCUGGUCAGAGAAAUUUUAUGCUUGUCAGGGAAUUUCAUAAACUUAUGACAGUGGUGACCAUGUAAUAAAUUGAAAAAUGGGGCUAUUAACAAAGAGUUUAUGCCAUAGAUAUGCACAUUAUCUCUAGAAAAAGAGCUGGAGAAUGAAAUAAACUAAUCUGACCACAUCCAACAAAUUCCAAGAUGGAAGCUUUGGAUUUAUUGAAAGAGUAUUAUUUACUUACUUUCAUCCCAAUAUCUUUUCAUAUUAAUGUGUGAUAGCUCAGGCUAGCCCAAUACACCACCCUGUCUUCCUUUGAGUAAGGUUUUCCAGUCAAGAAGAUUGACUUAAUUUCAUUGUAGACAUAACCUUUUAGGUGAGGGUUUCUGAAAACUUUGCAGAUCUAAAAUUGAAUUUCUCUGAAAUAACAUUCAAAUGUUUACUUACUAAUUUGACAACUUGAUCUUUGGUCCCCACUAUUGAGGAAAAUACAUUUAUUUCUUGACUGUUUUAUAAUGAAUAAAUAAUUGAAAAGUGGCCCUUCAUAACCAUAAAAAUACUGUAGCGUCAAAGUCACUGCCUCAACUUCUCAUUGAAGUUUGUUUUCUUUUGUCCUUUUUCUGUUUAUAAAACCCUUUCUUUCCA